AUGUCAAAUUAUAAAAACGAUAUUAAACCAGAGAUACAAAGAUUCAAAUAUAUAACAAGUAGAGAAUCUUCAAAAACAUCCGCUCAUUUUGAUCUCAACUCAAUAUUUUCCUCCCUAGCAGGAAGUUAUGUCUCGAGCCAAAAGAGAAGUGUCUGGUCCAAGUCACCAUCUGCUACCAGUACUAGAAACGACGCCGCGACCCACAGAAGCGCAAGCGUCGGAGACCACAAAGACAAGGCACCACGAGCAGGCUCCUACCAUUCCAGAAAAUCGGCAAGUUCUCUAAAAGAAUAUGAUGAAGUUGAUAAUGAGCCAAGUCCAGGCGAGCCCAAAGCCUUGAGUAAGGGUUCCGCCGAUGGAUCUUUACAUGGUAGACCCUCUCGAAGCAAUACUUCAACUCUCGAUCGUCACAGUUUGAAGAGCAACUUGAGCAUAUACAACCCUGACAGAGGUGGCAAAGGUACUAGCGCCCCUGCUCCUUCAGAUCAUGGACCAGCGGAGCGUGCUCAAACAAGUUAUGGGAGAUGCGACGAUAAUAAUCCGCCCUAUUUUUAUGAGAAUAAAACAAGGCAAUCUAAUACUUCAAAUAUGCUCUAUUGA